AUGCGAAGGGAAUUAGACGCUCUGAAUAGUCGUUUUUCUACGGAUAGCAAGGCCAGAGCUACUUUUGUGUGUAACUAUUCUAAUAAAUGCGCAUCUAAACCCUUUGUACCCAAUGAAACAAACCUCCUGAUGAAAAAGCAACGAAGAAACCGCCUACCCAGUGCAGCUCUCGAGAUUUUAUGGAACUUCCUACGUGAACACCGCGACAACCCUUAUCCUACUAGUCAGGAGAAGGAAUGGCUCGCUCAGCAAACGAAUCUCUCUGUUACGCAGAUUCGGAACUGGUUUACAAAUACUCGGAAGCGUAAAUUGAUACAGAGCCAAGAGAGCGACGAAGAAUACCUAACCGAUUCCGAUUUUUCCGACUCUUUUCACGACAGCCAGACAUCGAGCGAUUCUCAGCCCCACAAAAGACGUGGGAGAAAAAAGAGUUCAUCCACUCGCUCCCAAGGUCCACUGGAAAUGGUCCAGCAUCAGUCUACUAUCACGAUGAAUGAUGGAACACUAUCUAAAGUAACGAAGAAUCAAGAUGGAACCUGGAUCCAGUUUCUAUCCGCUUUUGAUCAUAACUCUAAUUUAAACCAUAGCUCUGAUGUAGAUUCGGAAGGAGCACAUCAACAACAACAAGAGUUUUCACUACCAGAUUUUGAUAAUUAUACGGAAUCGAACUUUAGCUACGAUUAUUCGCGCACAAACCUCAAUAACCCAGAACAACAUGAGUAUAUAAUAAAUAACGAAGUUGCAACUCAUGUAAAGAGACAACAACAACAACUGAGUCAACAACAACUACAAUUAAAUCAACAACUGAAUCAACAACAACAACAACAAGAGAAUAGACAACCUUCUGAUUCUCAAAUGUAA